AUAACGUAACAUGAAGAGACAGUUGAAGUGACAUUUUGAAAAUUAAUCUUAGACGUGACUUGUACUUUCCUGUGCAAUAGUUCAAUUCGUAAUGUAAUGUAAUAAUAAAAGAUGCGUCUCGUCAAAAGAAAGUUAUAAAUGGAAAUACGUAACCCACAAAAACGCACAAUUGGCGGUUCGUUCCCAGACAUAUCUCAUCCUUUCAUAAUUCACUUAAAGCGGAGACAGCGGCAAUUCACACGAAAAAAGAGACGCGUCUGCCAGAUUUGAGAGAAAAUUAACGAAUUUCACAUUUCGAAUAAUUCCGAAUCAACCGCCAAUUAACGAAAUUAACCCAACUUUGUCAACACCGCACUUUAAUAAAAAUUCCGACCUUUGACACCCGAAUAACAAUAAAAAAAGAGAAAGUUACGGCGCUUUUACUCAAAUUUAAACUUCGCGCCACUUGUGAUUGACAUCAGUUAACCUCGUUUUUUCCAAUGGCCGAUUUAUACACGAGCUUGCCCGACCAGUACCUCAAAAACGCCCCCGAGAUCGGGGACCCCACCACCUACAUCCAAAAACUGCUCCUGAAGGAACUCCCUAGAAGCGACUCCCAACAGCUACGCCACGACCUGAAAUGGCAAUUCCUCCUCGACAAACACCAAAGUUCGCAAAAGCGAAAAAAACCGAUCCGGAAAAAGAAGACUUUUCUCACUCGAAGGGAGCGAAAAGACCUUAACAUUUUAAAAUUGCCAAAGUCAGACUGGGAUUACAAUUCACUUGAAGGGAUCAGGAAAAUGUGGCGUCAAUACAUGAGACAGAACCUGGAAUUGGCCGGGCGUGCGCCCCACUGUAGUGAGCAAGACUGGGCCAACUUUUCGGCAGUUUUGGCCAAAUCUGAGCUAAUCGGGAGCGAGAUCAAGGUGGCGCGGUCCAAGUGCCCCAGUCACGUGGGCCUGACUGGGACCGUUGUCUUGGAAACGAAAAUGACGUUCCAGAUCGUCACACAACAAUCACAAUUGAAAAUUAUUCCAAAAAACACGUCCGUGUUCGAGUUCGUCUUGGACGCCAUGAAGUUCACAGUUUUCGGCAAACACAUAAUGACGAAGCCCAGCGAGCGCAGCGUUAAAAAAAUCAAGUCGGUGAUGUUACCAGAUUUGUGAUUUAUUUUUUGCGCUUACGCCCCAAGCUAUGCUCAUAUUGUAAUUUCGACCAAAUGCCUUUACACAUCUUUACAAGUCGUUCGUCCACAACAAGUGCAUUUUUCGCGGUUGUGAACUCCUGAUAAAUUAUGUUCCUGGCCAG